AUGUGCGGGAUGCUGCCUAUGGCUGACGCUAUUGAAGACCUUCUGCACGAGCGUAACCAUAACAUUCAUGGCGAGCAUGAAGAGACGAACCCAGCAGAUCCGGACGACGACGUCUUCGAGGCAUUAAAGGACGAGUCGUUCUUUGGCUGGGAGGAGAACGAACCCGAAGCCGAUCCACUCAAACAGGCCUUGCGUAUCAUUCGAGAAGAGGUUGGUAUUCCUUCGCACUCAUCCGAGUCAGUGCCACCGUUCCAGGAAACGCCCGUUUUCCUUGGUCAUGGAAGCAAGGACGACAAGGUGUUGCUUCGACACGGUCAACAAGCCUGCAGAGUGCUACGACUGAUGGGAUGCAAUGUCGAUCUCAGAGAGUACUGUAAGCUGGACCAUUGGUAUUCAGAGGAUAUGUUGCAACAUAUGCUUGAGUUCCUUGGGGGCGAGAGGGUCAUCUUGGCAGACAUUGAUGAGGCUGAAGAGACAGGAGCGAACCAUCUAAGUUGA